CACAGGCAGACAAAUAGAGAGAGCGUGUGAGCACGAGUCAGGAAGGAGCGCGAAAGAAGGAGCACCAAAGACCACACGCCCAAAUAAAAGAGAAAAACGGUUGCAGAGGAGAGAGGAGGGAAAAUUCAAAGUCAAAGCCCAGUGCAUGGUCAAUGAGAUCAAUUUAACUUGCAGUCCUGCGUUUGUUUUCUCAAGGGAUACCAUCAGGCUUCAGUGAAUUGCCAGUGGAGUGAACAAGCGAGCAGCCAUCCAAGUUGUUCUACCUUUGCCAUCUGUGGCUUGGCUCCUUGUCGAAACGGUCAGACUGUCAGAGCUGCAAAAGACCCGGUGCUGCCUGCAGAGAUGGACGCAGAUGCCAAGGACAAGGAGAGGAAAACCAAGAUCCAGUUCUCAGUCCCGUCCGCUGUGCCCCUUCAGCUGGACCCGCGACAGGUGGAGAUGAUUCGGAGGCGGAGACCAACACCCGCUACGCUAUUCCGUUUGACAGACCAACCGUCUCCCGAGGAGGAAAACGACAAUCACCAGUGGGUCAUUGGGGAAAAUGGUGUCCUCACCAAGAACAUCACUGCGCAUGUGUACCAGCCUCCAUCACUCAAAGCUGUACAGAGGAUGGCUCAAGCCCGCAUGAAGUCUCUGGGAACCUGUGGCCCUGAAGAGACAGAUGACUUCUCUGGGGAGGAAAGCGUGGACUGUGAGGAGAGCCUGGAUAUAUCCCCUGUCUCCACCACUGGGUCAAGGGUCAGUUCAGAGGGAAGAAUUGCCCACUUUCUUCACCUGAGAGUUCCACACGGAGAGGAGGAAGAGGAGCUGGAUGAUGAGGAGAAGAGGGGAAAAGGUGGACCAAGGAGGACAAAGAAGAAGGGAGAAUAACAGAGCGCUGUGUGUUACAGAGAGGAGAUUCAGAUUCUGUGGCAAAAGAUGAUUGACGAUCCAGAGUGAUGUUUUCUAAUGAUUAUAUAAAGAGUGUGGAGAAAAUAUCUAAAUACGUGUGUGUGCGUGCGUGUGUGCGUUUGUGCAGUUGUGUGUGUGCUUGCUUGCAUUCGUGUGUGUGUGUGUGUGUGUCAGUGGAGGCUCCUCAGAGGAGGAAGGGGAGGACCAUCCUCCUCAGUGAAUUUCAUAAAAAUGUAAAUUGUAAAACAUUCAAAAAGUUAGUAUUUUUAGAUAAAACAAUACUAAAUACAAUCACGUCACCGAACAAUUUAUUAAAACAUACUAUUUUGCCAAGAAGGUCUCCAGUAGCCUCAACAGCACUCUGUAGGGUAGCACAAAUGGUGUAGCCAGAGGACAGCUAGAUUCAGUCCUCCUCUAGGUACAUUGACUUCAAUACAAAACCCAGGAGGCAUGAGGUUCAACCCACCCAUAGACUUACACAGUAAUUAUGACAACUUCCGGAGGACAUCCUCCAGCCUAUCAGAUUUCUUGCAGCAUGAACUGACAUGUUGUCCACCCAAUAAAAUA